AAAGCCACAAUUUGCCAGAACACCAAACCAGAAUUCAAAGAUGGGAUUUUCAAAAUAAAAGUUGAAGAAAAGUGAGCAUCUUUAAGCAAUCAGUGGGUGGGAUUCUUGGUAGUGUCAUGCUGUCUGUGUGAAUUUUAUUUUAUUUUUUUCCCAUGAGACUCCUUUAGAAUCGUGCAUCUUGACGACGUAGUAACAACACAUACAGCACAGCUGCGUAUUGCUCACUAGCUCAAAAUCUGCUCCUCUUUUUCUGUGACUAAUGAUGACGUCAGAGCUGCAAUCUGUUAAUUGAAGGAACAACAGUCACACUCCUGCUGCUUUUUAAGCCUUUUGUGUUAAUACAAACACUAAGUGUGAAACUCCCAUGAGCUGGGAACACUUUGAGGUAUUUUUUGGGGAGUGUGUCACACCGACUGGAGUGGCGCCCUUUGUGUUUUGCGCCCCCGUGCGAGGAGGAAGGAUGGUGGGGGUUUGUGUUCUGGUGGACGCUGAAAAAGAGCCGCUUGGACAGAGGAGGCGUCACAUGGAGAGGAGCCGCCGGAGACGCCGCUGCUCCCGCUCUGAUAGGCUGUUAGACGGCAGGACCGGUGAGAUGCAGAUCUUCCUCAGAGGAGCGUGUCAGGAUGAGAGCUCACUCCAACCGAGUCGUGAUCCAUGCGUACGGAAGAUCUGCGUGCACUGCAAGUGCGUGCGGGAGGAGCACGCAGUGCGCUCGGUGCCCGGGCAGCUGGAAAAGAUCAUGACCAAGCUGGUGUCGGACUUCCAGAGACACUCCAUCUCCGACGACGACUCGGGAUGCGCCUCGGAGGAGUACGCCUGGGUCCCACCUGGACUCAAGCCCGAACAGGUCUACCAGUAUUUCAGCUGCCUACCGGAGGACAGGGUGCCUUACGUCAACAGUCCAGGAGAGAGAUACCGAAUCAAGCAGCUGCUGCACCAGCUCCCAGCCCACGACAGCGAGCCGCAGUACUGCAACUCCCUGGACGAGGAUGAGAAGAAGGAGCUGCGUCUGUUCAGUCAACAGAGGAAGAGAGAAAACUUGGGCAGAGGUGCCGUCAGGCUGUUCCCUGUAACCAUGACUGGAGCCAUCUGCCAGCAGUGCGGCAGGCAGAUCUGCGGGGGAGAUAUCGCCGUGUUUGCCAGCCGGGCCGGACAGGGCAGCUGCUGGCACCCCCAGUGCUUCCAGUGCGCGUCCUGCAGCGAGCUGCUGGUGGAUCUGAUCUACUUCUACCAGGACGGACAGAUCUACUGCGGCCGCCACCACGCCGAGAGGCUCAAGCCCCGCUGCCAAGCCUGCGAUGAGAUCAUUCUGGCAGAUGAAUGCACAGAGGCAGAGGGGAGGUACUGGCACAUGAAGCACUUCUGCUGCUUCGACUGUGAGGCUGCACUGGGGGGUCAGCGCUACAUCAUGAGGGAGUGUCGACCGUACUGCUGCUCCUGCUACGAGUCCCUGUACGCUGAGUCAUGUGACACCUGCGGGGAGCACAUAGGUAUCGACCAGGGUCAGAUGACCUACGAGGGUCAGCACUGGCACGCGGUGGAGGCCUGCUUCUGCUGCGCCCGUUGCCGGUUGCCUCUCCUGGGUCGGCCUUUCCUUCCACGCGGGGGACUCAUCUUCUGCUCCAGAUCUUGCUCGCUCGGCGAUGACCCCAAUAACUCGGACUCCUGUGACUCGGCUCUACAGAGCAGAUCUCCUCCUCACAACAGACGGUGGGCAGGGCACCAUAAGUUACAGUGUGGUUCUCCACUGCAGCCACUAGAGGGCGCCAGACCAUCUCUAACACCAGCAAAAGACUCUAUUAACUUCACAGUGGAAAACAGAGGUGUACAUUGCACCGCUCCAGUUUUAAAUGGAGUUCCUUCGUCCGGUGGUCAUCCUCAUCCCAGAGGCUCCUACUCACCUCUGCCCCACAUUCAUCUAGGGAAUGGCUUAGGUCCAUCCUGGCCCAGUGACGUCCCUCAGUACAGUUUCCCCCCCAGAGAGGCGGCGGUCCGACCUGCAGGCAGCGGUCAGCUUCAGGGAGAGCUGAAUGAAAGCACAGCACUGAACGGCUGUAAUCUUAGAGGAACCCUGACUGAUAAAGAGUGCAGGAACUGGGUGGAAAAGACUAAUCAAGCCAUGCAAGCGUUUCCUCCUCAUAAACACCUCCUUGUCAACCCUCUCAUUUCAUUAGAUUCUCCUCCCCUUUCAUCACGAAGCAGCCCCACCCUCCCGCCUCCUCUGCCCAUUAAGUCUCGUGACUUGAUAUCACAAGAUUCGCCUCCUCCGGCCCUUUGCCAGCCUGAAGAUCGGCCCUACGAGUCCCCGCCCCCGCUGGCUCGCAGCGGCACCGCCAGAGUCAGCUUCAGAGAGCCGAUCAGCAGCAGCUACUCUGUGGAAGAGGAGGAUGAUGAAGAUGAGAACGAAGACGGGCUUCUGCAAGAGGGCCAGGAGAGGCCCCAGGAAGAGGAGGAAGAGGAGGAUGAAGGAGGUUUCGGGAGCAGGCUGCAUCUGCAGAAAGGCAUCCCCCCAAAGAUGGACCUGCUGGAUGGUUCUUCAUACCAGCAGCGCAACCUGAGGCGAGGAGCAAACCGCUGCCGCAUACCGUCAGACCCUGGUCUCCGCCCAGGCUCAGACCGCCGUCCCCGGACCUCGCGGCGCGAGCGUCCCCGGCUGGACGCCCUGGACUGGAGAGGCGAAACGGACAGGGGAUCCUCCGGCUCUCCUUCGCUGACCCUCCAGCUGGGACAGUUCAAACACGAGGACUCCUGCUCCACCUGCUCCUCCUCCUCUGAGUCAGAGGAAGAGGGCUUCUUCCUCGGACAGCGCAUUCCUCUGCCGCCACAGCUUCAGAAGCAGCAGGCCGAGGAGAGCCUCAGCAGGGAGGCGCAGGAGGCCAGGGAGGCGCAGAAGGACUGGGGGCAGAGAGGAAGCAUAAGGAGGAGAGCUCUUAGUCAGAGUGCUAAGGAAAAAGAUAAAAACUGUUCUGUGUCCUAAUCGCUCUGUAAACAUAGAAACAUGUUAGGAUGCACAUGAAGAAUUUAAAUUCUCGUGUGGAUCUGGGUUUGAUGAUAUUGCAGGUAUGAAAGCAGACCUUCCAAAGGUGAGCCACACCCAUCAUUCCAGACACACAAAGGGAAGCAGCACAACUGAGGAGUCCCCACCUCUACAGUUUGUAUCACUUUGAAGAAUUACAAAGCAGAAAACUCCUAACAAUCAUGCUAGCAGUCAUGAAUGUGGAGUGAUUGUUGUGACUUGUCCUCCCGUUUCUUUGAACUGGCUGCUCAGAACAUUAUCUUGACUCGGUCAUUACAAUUACUCACCUACCAAAACAUGCAGCUGCACUUUUGACUCUGGGCCAGUCUUUACAACCACAAGCUUAUCAUGGAUCCCUCGGUCUUGUUUGGACAGACUAAGCGUAUAGAAACUGUAAAAGCACAGUUAAUGUGUAUAAAUGUGAGGACUUAACUCCGACCCGACCAGAUACUAAUCUCAAACGUUCAGAUUUCCACGAAAAGCUGCAACCAUGAUUGUUUUUGAAUGAAUUGGCCAUUGGUAUGUGUUUUCAGUGCGAUGUUCUUUCUAAAUAAAAAGAAAAAUCAG